CUAACAUUCACCUAGAAGUGAGAAAAUGCUCAAUUUCACCGAUGUGAAAGAGUUUAUUCUUUUGGGACUAACUAGUCAUCGGGAAUGGCAAGUUCUCUUCUUCAUCAUUUUUCUUAUGGUCUAUAUUAUCACCUUAGUGGGCAAUAUUGGCAUGAUCAUGUUAAUCAAGGUCAGUCCACAGCUCAAUAGCCCCAUGUACUUUUUUCUCAGUCAUUUGUCAUUCGUUGACGUGUGGUUUUCUUCCAAUGUCACCCCUAAAAUGUUGGAAAACCUGUUAUCAGAGACAAAAACUAUUUCUUACACUGGCUGCCUGGUACAGUGUUUCUUCUUCAUUGCCCUUGUCCAUGUAGAAAUUUUUAUCCUUGCUGUGAUGGCCUUUGAUAGAUACAUGGCAAUUGGGAAACCUCUGCUCUAUGGCAGCAGAAUGUCAAGGGUUGUCUGUAUUCGACUGAUCUCUUUCCCUUACAUAUAUGGUUUUCUGACUAGUCUGGCAGCAACAUUAUGGACUUACGGCUUGUACUUCUGUGGAAAAAUUGAGAUCAACCACUUCUACUGUGCAGACCCUCCUCUUAUCAAAAUGGCUUGUGCUGGGACCUUUGUCAAAGAAUAUACCAUGAUCAUUCUUGCAGGCAUUAACUUCACCUAUUCCCUGACUGUGGUUAUCAUUUCCUACCUGUUCAUUCUCAUUGCCAUCCUACGGAUGCACUCAGCAGAAGGGAGGAGGAAGGCAUUUUCCACCUGUGGGUCCCACUUGACCGUGGUCACCAUAUUUUAUGGGACUCUUAUUUUCAUGUAUCUCAGACGUCCCACAGAGGAGUCCGUGGAGCAGGGGAAGAUGGUGGCCGUGUUUUACACCACAGUGAUCCCCAUGUUGAACCCCAUGAUCUACAGUUUGAGGAACAAGGAUGUUAAAGAAGCCACGAGCAAAGUGAUGAGCAGAAUACGUGUAACUGAAUAA